AUGGCUUUCAGACAACAAAUUGAUAGAACAGCAGAAAAUGUACAAAGAAGGUUAACAAGAGCAGAAGCGGCAGCAACAGGAGCGCAGCUAGAAGAACGUCUAGUGACACCAAGAAGAGGUGGUGGAAGAAGACAACAAGACAGAAGACAAGAAGGAGAAAAUAGAGAUGAAGAAGAAGGUUCCCAUGUACCGAUGAGGAAUAGAUUAAAUCAAGUAGAUGAACGAGAAGACAAAGAAGAUGAAGAGAUGGAAGAGUGGGGAGGUAUAGAAGGUUUGAAUGAAGAAGAAGAGAACAAUCAGUCAGAAUUAGAUCGUAUCAGUGAAAGAAUAAAGAAAGUCCUUCACGUUAUCCAACCUUCACCCGAAAGAGCACGCGAAUCACUCGAAGAUGGAUGCCCGAAGGGCUUGAAUUGGUUCAAUACCAGCCUGGCCCGGCUACAAAUAGGUGCCCAGCCAGGAUCGGCUUACAAUAGAUACCCAAAGUCGCCUGGUCAGGCUCAUCAUAUGACCCAGCCUGCACGGGCUUACAAUACGUCGCAGCAAUAUUCCAGUGGAAGGAGAAACACAAAACUAAUCAAUGGAUGUUUCGACGGUCUUAACGUAGAAGCAAGACGAGAAGCGCUGGUGGAGCUCAUACAAGAUGCUUACGACCGAAACGACGAAGAUAGCGCUCAAUGCUUAACGAAACGUCUCGAGAAAGAGGAUCAAGCAGGAGAGCAAGUUGAUCCUUACAUCGUGGAAGAGGAGUCGUCAAAGUCAUCCGACGAUGAAGCGAAUUGUCACGUUUGUCAAGGAAACGCAACUCCUACCUCCACAGACCCAGCACCAGUCCACAACACCGAAUGCUGCAGAAUCAAAAGACAGCUGGUUAAACGGAUGCAAAGACCAAGAAGAGUCAGACAAAGCCAAAGCCCUGUUAGCAGCGAAGAAAGGAAGUCUGACCUUGUCGAACGGCGACAUGAUUCACAACGGACACAUCUUGAAGUCCGGGCCAGCGAGGAUGGGAGAUUCGAUAACCCCUCUAUCCCCUCAUUUGACAUUGAAGUUGAAGAACCUCAAAUCUUUCAUCCCCCUGCCGGUUUUUGA